CCCUCGACACCCCACACGCCAGCCUUCUGUUUCCCAACUAUCGCUUCUUGGUUGCCAGCUUUACCUGCUUGCUGGCUUGCUUGCACCUUCACUCCACGGUCACCCUGAUCCCUCCUUCCAUUGUACCCACUCCCAAUACUGCUACCCUUGACCCGUCUUCACGUCCCUAUAUAGAAACUACCUCGCCAGGUACCACAGAGCGGCAAAAAGAAGGGUCGACGAUAAACAACUACUCUUACCUUCCCAUCACCAACUAGCUACUACUACUACCACUACCACUACCAACUACAACUCUGUCCGUCAUGCGCGGAAUUACCGCUCGCACUCUCUGAUCAUGCCGUCCAACCCCCCGCCUCCGCAUAGCCGGUCAGCUCCUGCUCUUUCGAAGCGCACCGUUCCUUACCCGCACAUCAAAGAUAUAAUCGCCCGGACGAACCACCUACAUCCCCAGGACCGUGCAACGAUCAAAUCGUGGAUAGAAGAGGCGAAGACGCACUGGCAUCAGGCGAAAUGGUUUUAUGACCUCAGCACGCUGGAUAACGCAUAUGUGGAAUAUCUGUUGGCGUUUACCAUACUUGUGGAUAUCAUACCGAAAUGCUCCGAAUAUGCCACAUUCCACGCCGAAAAGGCACCGCUCUUCCACGAGUACGCGAGGCUCCGCGGGGACGUCUCCAGCCGGGAGGCUGAUUUCCAGCGGGCUCGGAGAACGAUCGAGGAGGACAAUGCGAAUUCCCAAGUGCCGGCUACAUCGGAUCAGCUGGCGGCAGUACAGAAGGACCCGGCGGCGGCAAAACCGAACGGCACACCUUCACAGCCAUUGCUGAAUGGAGCCAAAAGGGCGCCGGAUAUCCGGACAAAACCAGGACAUCUAUCUUCAAAAUCACUCGUAGCCAAUUCGGGGGCGGAUAGAAGGAGCUUGGAUGCUGGAGCAGAGCUUCAGGCCCGGUUUGGCCGCCUACGCGGUGACAGUGGCGUCUCGGUGAAGGAUCUGCCUGCAUCGCUAGUUCCUGGUCUCGGCCGUCCUCAAGGGCCUCGGUCAAUGCCCAACCAAGCUCUUCACAUCGAUGUAGAAAACGUACUGCCGCAGAUGCCACCGCCAGUAUACUCGCCGUCUACUAGCUAUGGCUCACCGAGGGGACUUGAACCACCUCGAAGCACUAGGGCUACGCAGGCAGAUGUUGCGAAGCCAAAACUUCCGCCGCAAACUGAAAUACAGAUGACUGCUGAAGUUCUGUAUGGAUAUCUGAAGGCCAAUUCUGGGGUUACAGUGCUUCUACUCGAUGUUCGUCCCCGAGACGAAUACGACCAAGGGCACAUCUAUUCACGCUCUAUCGUGUCCAUUGAUCCGAUCGUGCUCCGAAAAGAAAUGUCAGCAGAUGAUCUAGAGGAUGCCUUAGUCCUUGCCCCUGCUACUGAGCUGGAACUCUUCAAAGCUCGAGCUCAAUUUGACCUCGUGGUUUACUACGAUCAACAGACAAUUGAUACUACCUAUAUACAAUCAUCAAUGGGCAGUCCGCAAUCGAAUGUUUUGCGGAUUCUCCACAAUGCACUCCAUGAGUUCAACUACAGCAAGAAGUUACGCAGACCGCCAUUACUCCUUACCGGCGGACUCAACGCCUGGGUUAAUAUAUUCGGACACACAUCUCUCAAGACCGAAGAAGCCCCGGCUCCAUUUGUGCCUUCCAUGCACAGACGCUCUCAACAAGUCGUAAGAGUACCUACUCCCCUCCUCCUCGAAUGUAGAUCACAGAAUCCCCCUCCGUAUCCCACUCUUGAAAAUGGUGUCACGUCCCAAGCCGUGACGAUGCCAGCUGAGCCCGGACCUAUCAAUAUCGAGGAAGAGAAGGUGUGGAUGGAGCAGCUUCGGAAAGAGAACGAGUAUGGAUCCGUCUCAACUAUGGACGGCAAUACCAAACGGAGGAGGACAUCGCUCACACCCAAUUCCGCGGGGGGCGCGGUCUUUGCCAGGACGGUGGAGGAAUACUUCCAACAAUACCCAGGAAGUCCACACGGACAGGAGAGCAUGAUGCCCAGAAUUCCCGACUCUCCCACACCAAGGCGUAGCGCAAACACCAUUAUCGAUCAUCCAUUCAACGUGUUUACCGAUGUGCGGAAUCCUGAGUUCAAUCCUCCAGUGUCACCGGUACGACCACUCCCUGUGGCGGCACGCAGGAGCUAUAGUGGGGUAUCGGAUCCGUUAGAUGCAGCAGGUUCUCACCCAAUGCCUAUCAGGCCCCCCAAAAUUGCGCUCGCUCGCAGUGUCUCGGGGGCAGUCAGUAAUGGAACCACCGGCCUUAAGAACUUGGGAAAUUCCUGUUACAUGAAUUCGAUAUUACAGUGCAUGAGCGGAACAAUACCACUCUCUCGAUACUUCCUGGACGGUAGCUACAAGCAGCAUAUCAAUAAGAACAAUCCCCUUGGCUCGAGAGGUGUCUUAGCAGAGGCUUUUGCGGGCCUGAUACGGCACUUGUGGAGCGGCGAAUAUCCUUUCAUCGCUCCUGUAACACUCAGGGAAGUUACUGGACGGUUGAACGAGACGUUCAGCACCAGUAGCCAGCAGGAUGCCCAAGAGUUCCUUGAGUUCCUGUUGGACGGCCUCCACGAAGACCUCAACCCCCACGCCAGCAAGCCCAAGCUCAACCCGCUAACAGAAGGGGAAGAGCGUCAACGCGAACUCCUCCCGAUGCAAGUAGCCUCGCAAGUCGAAUGGCAACGCUACACGCACCAAAACUAUUCCAUAACUGUCAACUGGCUACAAGGCCAACUCAGUAGUCGCCUCACCUGCCUUACCUGUCGCGUCACUUCCACCACAUACAGCCCUUUCAUGUACCUCUCGCUGCCGAUUCUAGUCGACCAACGCGGCACCUUCACACUUCACGACUGCCUCCGCGAAUUCACCAAAGACGAGAUCCUCUCUGGCGACGACGCUUGGCACUGCCCCAACUGCAAGACCCGCCGCAAAGCCACAAAAAAGCUCACAAUCAUGCGCCUCCCCCACAUCCUAAUCAUCCACCUCAAGCGCUUCACGAACCAGGGGCGGUGGCGAGACAAGCUCAACACCCAAAUCGAUUUCCCACUCACUGAACUCAACUUGACUGAAUACGUUCCCCCGCCCCUCUCCCCCGAGGCCACAAGAGGGACAAGAGUGCGAAUGGAAUCGAGCCCGGAAACUACGCCGCCGUUUUACUACAACCUGUACGGCAUCGUGAACCAUUACGGAUCCCUCCAGGGUGGCCAUUACACGGCCGUUGUUAAGGACUCGUUUAGAAAAGUGUGGAAUACUUUUGAUGACUCGAAGACGUCUCCGAUCGAUGAGAGUAGGGUUCUGUCGAAGAAUGCAUACGUUCUGUUUUGGGUCCGUACGAAGGUUAUGUGAUUUCGUUCUUGUGUUUUGUUGGCGCAUAUAGUUCAGUUGUUGUAGUUGUUUCAUACCCGACCAGGAGAAAUAUCUGUUGUAGUUUGCUAGCUGUUCUGGGGCGGGGGCGGUCUUCUUUCGUCUGUGCUGGGUAGAUGUGGGUGUAUUAUUAGCGAGCGGGAAGGGAAGCAGAUUUACGUGAGAUGAAGCUGGAGCUGGAUGGGAUAGAAAUCUGGAUCUGGGGAAAUUAAACAACGUAUAGCAACAGCCCUCGGAGAAGUGGUGUGUGUCCAAAG